UUGUUUUUUUUUCCUUUUAGUGUGUUAAUGGUUGUUGCAGUUUGAUCUAGAAAAUUGUGUUAUUUUGAUUAAGGUGCUGAAAGAUGGAUUCAGGGGAUGGCUCUGUUCCAAAGAGGUGUAGGACUAGACAACAGUUUAUGAAAUAUUUUGUUGAUUUUAUUGAGAAAAGGAACAGGUCCUGUCAAAAUGGUGGUAAUACUCCGUCUUCUUCGGCUUGUUCUGUUAAUAUUGGAGAAGAGAAGGGUGUGAGUUGUGGGAGGAAAAGAAAAACGGUGGAGAAAAACAUAGUUUCUAAAGGUGACAAGAGAAAAAUGGGAAAAUGGUCAGAAGAUGGAAGUGUGUUAAGAAAUCUUGAGAAAGGAAAAAAAAAAGUGGACAAUGGGAGGAGCAGGUUCAGUCCAGGAACUUGUGAGUCCAUCACGAAACAACCAUUUGUCGAGGAAAUAUCUGAUGAUGAUGGUGAUGAUGAUUCAUCAGAUGAUUCGGAGGAGGAGGAGUGUGAUCCUGAUGAUGUUGUUUUUAUUGGAGAGGAGGAGGCUGUAAAUAGCUCUGUUGGGUUAAGGAGUCCUAUAUUGAAUGCAAUAGAUGAGGAGGUUGUUUCAUCUACCUCAAGUAUGUGUUGUAGGACAAUGGGGAGAUCGGAGGAAGUGUUUACUGAUUCGACAUCAUCUUCUGAGUCUGAGUCGGAUUCUGAAGCUUCAAGUGAUGAGGAUAAUGAUGACCCCGAAGAUAAGAAUUAUCGGUUGAUUGAAUCAUCAAGUUCUAGCCAAUCUGAUGAUGUAACAAGUGAUUCUGAUGUUACGGAAUCAGAAGACGAAAAGAAUGAAGAAAGAAAAAAAGAGUCGAAUAGGGGGUUACUACCUCCUCAGCUUGUUGUUGAAGGUGAAAAGCACAAGAAAGGCCGAGCAUAUCUUCUUCGUCCACGUUCACUUUCUAAGUACAAAAAGAAGAAGUUAAACAAUGGAAAUUAUAGUAGUAGCCCAAUUCUUCUUACUGAUGGCUCGGAGUCUGAUGGCUCGGAGGCUAAAUCCUUGUCUGAAGAGGAUUGCGAGGUUGAUGACUCGGUGAAGAAUGUUGUUCAAAAGGAUGCUGUUCCAAAGGAUAGGAAGACUCGGAAGAAAAUUCUUAAAGAUUCUGAAUUCUUGAAGUUCGUUGUGGAUUCUAUCAUAAAUGUUGAUGAUCAUGAUAAACUUUCUCCUUUUGAAGAGAAGGAAGAGGUUCCUGUUAAAGAAACACUUCCUUUAGUGUUCCGGUUUGAAGACGAGGUACCUUUUCCCUAUGAGAAAGAAGAAUGGGAAAAGGGGGUUGAAGAUCUUUUUAUUGAAAUGGAGAUGUGUAUCUUAGAAUCACAUAUUGGCUUUACAAAUCCAUCUGUUUCGCCGACACUGAGUGGAAAUUUAAGUGACUGUCAGAUGGGGAACCACCAACUUGUUCUAGAUGAACAAAUUGGACUUAUCUGUAAAGUUUGUUCCCAUGUGCAUUUGGAGAUCAAGUACAUCUAUCCUUCUUUUGCUCAGAGAACUCGAGGGAGGUAUGAAAGAAAAUAUUUAGGAGAGUCACCAUCACUCUUGGAUGUUGACGGCUUCAGAUUUUCUGAUUCUUCUGCAGUCCAGGAUUCUCUUAGUUAUGAAGAAGGAACUGUGUGGAAUUUAGUUCACCGAAGUGCCAAAGAGACAAUGUAUCCUCAUCAGCGUGGAGGAUUUGAGUUCAUGUGGAAAAACGUUGCUGGAGAUAUAACUCUUGAGAGGUUGAGACAGCCCCUAGGUGAUAGUAAGGGAGGAUGCAUAAUCUCACAUCCACCUGGCACUGGAAAAACCCGUCUCACCAUAGUAUUUCUUCAAUCAUAUUUGAAGCUGUUUCCAAAGUCUCGGCCUGUAAUCAUAGCUCCUUCCAAUUUGCUUCUUAACUGGGAAGCUGAGUUCCAGAAAUGGGAGGUGGACAUUCCUUUCCACAACCUGAACAGCAAAGAUUUCUUAUUACAGGAAGAUGAAGCUACUCUGAGUGUCUUUCGCUGUUUAUCCCAUGUGGGAAAAAGAAAUCCACACCUUAUACGUAUGGUGAAGCUGAGAUCCUGGGCUAAAAGUGCGAGUGUUUUGGGAAUCAGCUAUGACUUGUUCAGGAUUCUCACAGGAGAUGAUGGAGACAGCUAUGCCAAACAGAUUAGAGAAAUCCUUCUGAAAUUACCAGGUCUUCUGGUCCUUGAAGAAGGGCACACUGCUCGGAAUGAGCAAAGCCUUGUCUGGAAAGCUUUGAAAAAGGUUGAAACAGAGAAGCGCAUAGUUUUGUCUGGAACUCCCUUCCAGAAUAACAUCAAAGAGUUGUACAACACUCUCUGUGUAGUCAGUCCAAAGUUUGCUGCAGAUUUGGAGGAGAAAUGGGCUUCUCUUAGCAGUUCCAUUGACAAGAAUGCCCGAGCAUUGGAAGAGCUUAGGGAUAUUAUUUCACCACUUGUCCAUAAGUGUAGUGAAAAUGUAAAGAAGGUAAGCCUUCCGGGUAUAAGGGACACUGUAAUUCACUUGAAACCCACAGAUUUGCAGAAGGAGUUGCUUAGAAGGAUUCCAGAGAAUCCAGGCUCCUUUUAUGAACAAAAUCUUGUGUCUCUUAUCUCUGUUCAUCCUUCAUUAGUGGCCAAGAGGAAGGAAUUCUCUGACUUAGAAAGUCAGCUAAAAGAAAGAGGCUGCCGGUUGGAUCCAGAUACUGGAGUAAAAAUGAAAUUUGUUGUUGAGCUAAUCAGACUUUGUGGUGGGCAGAAAGAGAGAGUUAUAAUAUUUAGCCAGUUACUUGAUCCUCUGAAUCUGAUCAAGGAGCAACUCAAUUCUCUCAUUGGCUGGACUUUAGGACGGGAGAUUCUCUAUAUGGAUGGGAAACUUGAUGUGAAGCAGCGGCAAAUAUCAAUAAAUUCUCUUAAUGAUCCUAAGAGUGAUGUAAAAGUGCUUCUUGCAUCGAUAAAAGCCUGUUCAGAAGGAAUAAGUCUUAUUGGGGCCUCAAGAGUGGUUUUGCUUGACGUUCUCUGGAAUCCCUCUGUAGAACAACAAGCCAUCAGUCGAGCCUACAGGAAUGGUCAGACUAAAUUUGUGCAUGUUUACUGUCCAGUGACAUCCAAAUGGGAGGUUGACAAGAUUGAACAGCAGAGGAGAAAAAAGUACCAUUCAGAUGUACUUUUGUCUAGGAAUCAUGAAGUCAAGAUAGAUCCUUCAUGUUCUGUGUCAGAGGAUAGCAUACUAGAAUCCAUGGUUAAGCAUGAGGGCCUCCGUCAUAUUUUUGAAAAACUAUCUCAUGCACCACGUGUGGUUCUGCCUACUACAUGCUUUAAUUCUUGUAGCCAACCUUCAAAACCGAGCAGUUAGGUCAGUUGGAGCCUUUUUUGGGUUGCGAAGGACACUUGUUAGAAGAUUUUUUGAAGUCUCCUUCAUGGCAGGUACUUUGAUGCAACUCUAUGAUUUUGCUUUUUAAAAAAGAGAUGCAAGAAUGUGCAGAUUCACACAUGGUUUAUGAAGAAUGCAGAUAAGAUAGGAGUUUUCAUCACCCACAGAAUGUUCUUGCAACUGUAAAAACAUUGUUUCAUGCCUAUUUAUAUAGAGGAAAUCAUUUAUUAUUUGUACCCAAUACUCUUAGCAAGAUCUUUUGCCUAUUGUAGAGUCAAUCAAGAAUAUCAUUUAUAAGAAAGUGCGUGUUUAGUUGUUCAACUUUGCAGGUCCAGAUAAUAUCUAAUUACUUAUCGCUC